UGCGCGGGAGGGCGGGGCCUGUGCGCGCCACCUGCGGGGACUGGCCUCCUCCGGCGGCUGGAGGCGGUCACUGGCGUCGGGCUGAGCGGCUGAGGCGAGCUAGGGGCCAUGCGGGCGGCGAGGGAGUCGGGAGUCCGCAGCCCGGCGCGCUUCCGUCGCGCGGCGGCGACCCUGCGGCCUCUGGAGUAACCACUGCCUUUGUUCCGACGCCGGUCCCUCCCGGCGCCCCAGCCUCACGCCGCCGCGCUCCGGCCGGCCCGCCCUCGGUGCCCGAAGCCCCCUUUGGCUCGUGCCGCGCGGAUGCGGCUGCCGGGCCUGGGGCCUGGGCUCGGAGCGGGAGGAGAGGAGGGGGAGCGGCGGCCCCCGGGCGGCAUGCGAUGGGGAACUGCUGCUGGACGCAGUGCUUCGGGCUGCUCCGCAAGGAAGCGGGGCGGCUGCAGCGUGUGGCAGGCGGCGGCGGAUCCAGGUAUUUUAGAACAUGCUCAAGAGGUGAGCACUUAACCAUAGAGUUUGAGAAUCUAGUAGAAAGUGAUGAGGGGGAAAGCCCAGGAAGCAGUCAUAGGCCUCUUACUGAGGAAGAAAUUGUUGACCUGAGAGAGAGGCAUUAUGAUUCUAUUGCUGAAAAACAGAAAGAUCUUGAUAUGAAAAUUCAAAAAGAGUUAGCCUUACAAGAGGAGAAGUUAAGACUAGAAGAAGAAGCUUUAUACGCUGCACAGCGUGAAGCAGCCAGGGCAGCAAAGCAGCGAAAGCUCUUGGAGCAAGAAAGGCAGAGAGUUGUGCAGCGAUACCACCCUUCAAGCAAUGGAGACUAUCAAAGUUCGGGACCAGAAGACGACUUUGAAUCUUGUUUGAGAAAUAUAAAGUCACAGUACGAAGUUUUUCGAAGUAGUAGACUUUCAUCAGAUGCUACAGUUUUGACACCAAAUACAGAAAGCAGUUGUGAUUUGAUGACCAAAACUAAAUCAACUAGUGGAAAUGAUGACAGCACAUCCUUAGAUCUAGAGUGGGAAGAUGAAGAAGGAAUGAAUCGAAUGCUUCCAAUGAGAGAACGUUCCAAAACAGAGGAAGACAUUCUCCGGGCAGCACUGAAAUCCAGCAGCAAGAGGACCGGAAGUAAUCCGACGUCAGCCUCCGAGGACUCCAACGGCCUAGAGUGGGAGAAUGAUUUUGUUAGUGCUGAAAUGGAUGAUAAUGGCAAUUCUGAGUAUUCUGGAUUUGUAAAUCCUGUAUUAGAACUGUCUGAUUCUUGCAUAAAGCAAUCUGAUGCAGAUCAACAGAAACGAUAGAGUAAAAUUGUGUGACCCUGUCCGUCGUUAUGACCAAAUGUUAAAAACCAACUAGAAUGUAUAAAUGGUUGUGCUGAGCCUUCUUGUAAGACGGAGGUGAGAAACUGUGUUGUCUGUGCGCAUUAGAAAGGGAUGGGGAUGGCAGGCUGGUCAGAAUUGCUACAGAAUCAAGUGCAAUUGCUUCAUCUGCCUUCUGCUUUUCAAAACAAUUUAAUGGUUCUGUCAUGUUAGCAAUUAAAUUUAUUUUAACUUUUCUUUAUAUCAUUCCUGUUUACUGUUUGUAGUUUUCACUUUUUAAAAAGUUUUAUUGAUUUUACUUUGAAUGCUUUCUUAAGCCUAUUUCAGCAGCUAACUGUAAAAAUAUUAAGGCUGUUUGUGUUAAUUCUCAGCAGAUGUGAAGGGAGCAUGAGGGACUGCCAGCUUCAGAUUGAGAAUAGUGUUCCCUUUUCCAGCAUUAUUUAUUCCUGUGACUUAUUUAAAUUUUAUUAUCUAGAAGUAAGCACAAAGAUGACCCUAAAGAAAUGCUGAAGUAUCCGUUUCUUUCUGCACUUACUGCAUAUCCUAUUAUAAUAAUGUUGAUUCAGUCUGAACAAAGGAUAGGAUAUGUUAAAAAAGUGUUCAGUUUGGAUAUUUAAAGUUGGUAAUCAAAAAUAAUAUUUAAGAAAAUAUAUAUACUUAGGUUUUUCACUUCCUUUUACAUGCCACUAUAAAUAUGAAUAUUGACUUUGUUAAUUGAAAUACCAAAUUUCUAGCUGUCAUUUUUUUUUAAUUCUAUAUUUCCAAUCAAUGGUCUAAGGAAGAUUUUACACAGAACAUAUUCUCUGUGCAUGAUUUAUUAAGAAAGGAAAACCUAAAAAGGUAAUACGGGUAUUUCAAAGUAAAUAAAAUCCUUUCUGGUAUGAAAGGAUCCAUUGAUUUUGUUAAGCUUUCCUUUGCCUUGUAAUACAAGGUGCUUUAAUGGGAUGGAACUAAGUAUAUCAAUAUAUAUAACUGCAUUUUGUGAUAGACCAUUAACUCUUCUUUUCUCUAAAUUUUACAUAUUAAUGUAAAAGGCCAAGGACACAAGACACUCCCUAAUUGCUUGUCUUGAUUUUGCUGGGGAUUGAGUAUGAUUUUAGUAGCAAACUGUUUUUCAACUUUUCCUUAGUGUUUUUUUCUUUUCUUUUUCUUGCAGCAAUGACAGUGCAUGUUCUCAAAAACAUAGGAAGGUCCAGAUAUAAAUAGAAAUGUAAAGUUCUUGCUGUACUUAAAAAAAAAAUCAUGUGGCCCUUUCAAAAUUUGAACUACUAGGCAAUGACAGCUGUAGUUUCAUUUCCUUUUUUAUCUCGUAGAAAUAAAUAUGACACUUUAAAUAUGUAAAUAUAUAUGUAAUGCUAUUAUUUCUGUCUCCUGACAUAAUUUAAAUUGUAGCUGUGUCAUUGGAAAUAUUUUAAAGGUAAUCUAUAUUCACAUUGCCUGUGUUAUGCUUUUUAAAGUUUGUAUACAUCAGAUGUAUAUUUUUGGUUUGGCAUAAGCUAUGAUUGUAAUUUUUCUUGGCAUUUUGUUCAUAAAGAAUUUUUUGAAGGAAUGGUAACUUCUCAAGGAUUGUGAAUAAACACAUUUUUACAUUUAAAAAUAAUAAAUUAUUUGAUUAUUACUA